UUGCAAUAACUGACACUUGGUGAAUUCAAUUUGGCGCAACCAAUUACAACUACAACUCUCAAAGAGGCAGAAAAAACGCGAGGAACACAACUUGAGGAAACAUAUUCUUUUGCAGAAAUUAACAAAUAACAAAAAUUCCAAAUAGUUUUCGUGCAAAUUUGUGGCGAAUUCUUGCUUUUCUAAAUGAGUUUGGACGAUUCCAUCAAUGCCUACUUCGUUACAACCAUUAACGCUGCCACCAACGACAGCGAUGAGAAAGCCAUCAAAGACUUCAAGAAGUCAUUGACUUAUUUACAAAAUCACAUUCCAGAGGAGAAUAUACGACAGAUCAAGGCCAGCGAAGGUUUUCCCUUGAUAGCCUCUGGAAGGCUAACAAAAAAAGAUGUUUUCAUUUUCGAUCGUUUCGAAGGUGAUUUCUUUCAGCAGCUGCAACAGACAAAAUCAUUGAUUAUUGGACCACCAUGUCUAACGCAAUGUUUGUUGAACGAACAGCAAAUACCGUUGGGUACAAGUCCCGUGUUUACGUGUGCCAUGCGAGAUUUGCAAAUCUCGGCAACUGGCAUCACAGCCCAGGAGAAGGAUAAACUGAAAAAUUUGAUACAAUGGAUGGGUGGUCAUUAUUUUCAAAAUUUCGGUAGAUCUGUAACGCAUUUGAUAUCGAAUACAAUCAAGUCCACUAAAUAUGAACACGCAACAUUAAAUGGCAUCCCGGUGAUGCAUGUUGAUUGGGUUCAACGUGUAUGGGAACGUAGCUGUGCUGCCCAGGUCUCAGCCACCGAUGAGGAAUUCGAUAAAUAUAAAUUGCCCAUAUUUUUUGGUACAAAUAUAACUUGUACUGGUUUGGACAGUGAAAAGAAAGAUAAGGUAAUGCGUUUGGUCAAUGAAAAUGGCGGAACCUACCAUCGUGCCUUCAGAUCCCAACUGGUAGACAUUGUCAUAACUGAAAAGAAUAAAACAAAUUCAGAGAAAUAUGCAGCUGCUGUUCGGUAUAAAAAAGAUAUCCUCUCACCCGAAUGGAUAUUCGACAGUGUGCAAAAGGGAUUUGCCUUGCCCACCAAACCCUAUCAAAUCAAAUCGUUAAAGGUGUCUACACCAACAAAAACCGAUCAAAGUUUGGCCGACUUUACGGUUGCCGAAAACACGGAUAUAUCACGAAUUAGUACCGCAGGUACUGGCAGGCGGGCUAACAGUGAUAUGACAACUGUAAAUGAUACAAUAUGUUCAAAUCUGAAUGAGAGCCAUAGCAGUGGUCCAACAUUUGUGGCGCCAAUAAAUCCCGUUUCAAAAGAUCUCAAGAAAGAUCUGUUGAAGAAAGCAGGCGCUGGUACUCAUUAUCGUUUGGUCUAUGAAGAGAUAUGUCCCAAACAAGCCAAGAAGGCUGGAAACUUUUUGGAUGGCUGUUGCAUUUAUUUGAGUGGUUUUCGUCCGGAAGAGAGGGAAAAGUUAAAUCGUAUUUUAAAUGCUGGUGGUGCAACCAGAUAUGAUGUGGUCAAUGAAAAGAUAACUCAUAUCAUUGUGGGGCAACUGGAUGACAGCGAAUUUAAGGCAUGGAAACGGGAUAACAUUUUAACAGGCAUUCACAUUGUACGUCUGGAUUGGCUUUUGGAAAGUAUUAAAAUAAAACAAACAGCCUCCGAGGCAGUUUAUCGUGUCUCCUUGCCAACAUCGCGGGAACCUGAUGCACCAUCACCCUCAUCAAAGAAAACCUUACGUUCAAUGAAUCAUAGUUUCAAACAACCAGAUAAGCCCAUAAAAAAGAAACUAUUUUCUAAAGAUGCCGAAAGUGAUAUGGACAAUGAUAGUGAUGCUGCAGCUACGCCUAAGAAUGCUGUGGAACUACCAUCGGAAGCUGAAGAAAAUGAUCUGAUAUCACAAUAUUCACAAGAAAAUGUACCGCAAGCUCCUCCACCAUUGCCUCAAAAUGUAACCAUACUGCCGGAUGAGUCAAUGUCCCAUCCCAUGGCUUCAUCCACGCAGUGUACACCAAAUGAGCCGCCAACAAAAGCCAAAACACCUGCAGCUACUUCAGCAGCACCUCAAGCUCAGCCUUCAAAUGUUACAGAUGCAUCCGGCUUUACAAUUGAUUAUGAGAACUUGGAUUUCUUCCAAGGAAUGUCAUUGUACAUUGACAACAAUCAUUUCCCCGAAGAAUUCUACACACAAAUGAUCAGUGAGUGUGAAGCUGCCCAAGGCAAUAUUGUUCCGGCCACAUUUCGGGAUCCCGUCGACUAUGCCAUUGUGUCGUUUGAAAGUACUUUGGAUGUCAGUAAAUUGCCUGUAAAGGCAAGGAAUAUUGUCACAGAAUUGUAUGUGGAAAGUUGUAUGAAAGUCAAUAAAUUGGUACCCAUCGAAUAUUAUCACAAACAUAUCCCCCACACAGCAGAUAUGCAACCUUUGCAGGGUAUGACAAUUGUCAUUUCCAUUUAUUCGCUGCUGGAGAGAGAUUUCAUUGACUCCAUUGCCCAACUACUUGGCGCCAAUGUAAACAAGACUUUUGUAAAGAAAGAGAGGCCCCUGCUCAUAUGUCCCAAUCCGGAGGGUUCGAAAUAUGAAGGAGCUCUCAAGUGGCGUUAUCCUGUCGUGACAUCGGAAUGGCUAUUAAAAUGUGCCGAAGAAGGAAGAAAGGUAUCCUAUGGUCCCUUUCUUGUGGGAGAUAGUCCUGAAGAUUUCCCCCUAUCGCCCACCUUGCGUGAACGUAACACAACAAAUUCUGCCCGAAAGACGGUGGACAAAAACACCCCAGCAACACCCAUCAAUCAGCCACCACCGCAACCACAAUAUAUGGAUGUUGACGGUGUUGAAAAUAAUCAGGGUAACGCAACUCUCACGGAUGCGGAUAACAAUCUGCCGGCACCUGAAACAUUUACACCAUUGCGUAAUAAAAGAGUCUCUGAAUUGGCUGGUCCUGGUCGGGUAACACGACAAUCAUUGGGAGGUAAUACAAGUCUCACGGGACCCGAAUCGCCGCACACUCCGACCAACAAUUACGCCAAGGCUUCGUACAAUUUUGAUUUCAUGGAAAACAUUUUGGCCGAAAUUGAAAACGAAGAAGAACGUGAAUGUCUGCGUGAAGUUAUAAAUGAAAUGAAAAAUAAUCAAACUCCCGAAUUGGAAAGAAUACGCCGUCAAGCUUGUACACCCAUAAAUCGUAAAGUACCCACGCCCAAAGGUAUACCAGAUUUUUGUACAACUCCCGAAUUUGAAAAACGUAUGGCUGAUGAAUUUGAAAGGCGUUGGCGUUUGCCAACCAAGAAAAUGAAACCCGACACACCCAUAGAUGAGAUACGUAAACGUGUGCUGAGGGCUACUUGUAAAGCCAUGGGUAUACCGUACAGUGAUGACGAUGAAGAGAAGGCUUCGAGUAGCCGUAAAUCCUUGGCAUCAAAAUCGAAUAGCAAUUUAGAUACUACCCCCUUGAACAAUAAAAGUUUGCGUAGUGCCUCUGCCAUAGCGCCAAGGGCGAUUUUUGGUCAAAACAAUACACCAGAUCAUCAAAAGACUGUCUCCACCUUUAAUAUACCUGCAAAUGAAACAAGAAAAUCCGAUACAUUUAUACCCAACACACAAAGUCCAAAUACAUCGGCGGCGAAUAGACGUAGCAUAACACAAUCUUCGCCCAGUGGAUUGGGUCAGCGGGCCUCCUUGGGUGGUGUGGGCAAAUCAACAAUUAAUUUCGAUAAAAUCAGUUUUGAAGAAACAAAUGUUGAAGAAAAUGCCGCGGGAGCUGCAACAACAUCCAAUGCCACAGCCACCACCACCAGGCCAUCAUUGCCAACGGGUGCUUCACCUGAAAUCAAACAAAUUACGGAUUAUUUACGUAAUUGUGAUUCGAGACGACAAAGUUUGAAACGCACCCGACUCAGUAGUGAUCAACAGCAAUCGACGCUUCAAUCGAUGGAAACGGAAGCACAUUAUGUUCAACCAUUCGAAUCGGAACAAUUGCAGACUGAAGAUAUGGUGGGUUGGCGUGAUCCCACCGAAUUCCAUGCUCAGCGUAAGGCACGUCAAGUGGCACCGUCGAUGCAAUAUCAAGGCACACCACGUUUUAGUAUUUCCUGUUCCGACGAGGAGACCAGAGAUGAUAUAAUAUCGAAAAUUUUGCAAUUGGGUGGGGAGGUUUGUGAAAAUUUGGUAAACUUCGAUCCCGAAUGCACUCACUUCGUUUGUGAGAAACCCAAUCGGGGUGAGAAAAUGCUCGGCUGUAUAUCAUCUGGAAAAUGGGUACUUAGUUUGAAAUAUAUCGAAGAGUGUUUUGCCAAGGAUGUCUUCAUCGAUGAGGAACUUUAUGAAUGGGGCAAUUGUAAGGCUCUCAAUUUGCCACAACUAACGGCUGAUGAACAGGUUAUUGCAACGGCAGCACAUCGUUGGCGCAAAGAUCUAUCGGGUACCAUAUUGGGAGCAUUUACCGGCAUACGGGCCAUACUACGUAUAAGUAAUCGUAAUGUUGAUGCUCUGAAAAAUGUUAUCAAGGCUGGCAAGGGUGAAAUUGUAGAGGCCACAGCACCCUAUAGCUCAUGCGCCAAGCUGGCAGCAACGGCCACUCACUGUUUUGUGGAUGUGAAAAAAUGUCCCUUAGAUGCCGAUGAUUAUGAAUUUCUUAAAAAUCAUGAUGUCUUUGUGCUAACCCAGAUGUAUAUCAAUGCAUUUUUGAUGAAUGGCCCGGAUGUAGAUAGGGCCAAGUAUGAGAUUCAUAUGUAAACAAUAGUAGGAAAUCAAGCUAAAUCAUGCCAGCAAGCAAGUUAUACAAAAACUAUUGUCAAAAUUCAAGCAAAACUAAAUCACAACCCAUUAAAGCAAUAUCCCGUGUGUACUUUUCCAACAUCCAUCAUUCAUAUCUCAAAAAAAAAAAGUAAAUAUGCAAAUUUCCUCCGCAAGGUUAACCGAAUACAUUUCAAAACUUCAAACGCAAAACUCAAUUUAUUCGGAAGUCUGUGAGUACACAUUGUAAAUGUAGCUGUUGUAGUUUGUCAAUUCAAUUCAUUUAACUGCCAUAGAGAUUUUAAAUUUGUUUAUGACCACAUUUGCAAAACAAAUUCACUUCCGAUCCGAUGAUGUGUUUAAAAAUAACUUCAGUUGGUUUUGUAGGCAGCAAUAUUUUUAGAGUCUGUGUUACUAAACUUUAUGCAAAUAUAUUCCAUG